AUGGUCAUCUUGACAAGAUUGGUAGCCAACAAGGUUGUGGUUAUAUUCAGCAAGAGCUCUUGCUUUAUAUGCAACAUCAGGACACUGAUAUGCAACUUUGGGGCAUACCCAACUGUUUAUGUGCUUGAUGAACACCCAGAUGGUCAAAUAAUCGAGAGGGAACUCAAAGCCUUAGGGUGUAAGCCAUGUAUCACAACUAUUUUUAUAGGACAUGAGCUGAUGGGUGGAGCCAAUGAGAUUAUGAGCAUGCAUCUCAAAGGCCAUUUGGUCCCUAUGCUCCUCAAAGAGGGAGCUAUAUGGCUCUAA